AACAAGAAUGCUAUGGGAAAAUUGACCCUUUACAAUUGCAGAGAUACCGAUGCGCGUAGCAGUGAAGCCUCUUCUUCUUCUUCAGCUUCCCAACUUCCGACCGACCAAGAAACCCAACAUUUUGCCGACGUUUCGAAACUCCUAUUCCAUUCCUCUAAAUACUCCAUUUCAAACCACCCUCACCAAGACCCUCACCCGAGGUAUUUCAAUGGCCGCUUCUUCGCCUCCGCCGACGACCGUACACGUCAGGGACGAAAUCGAACUCACCAACGUCGAGAAGAAGAUCUUCGAUAGGCUUCUUGGAACUCUUCGCCAUUUCGGCCUCCAAAACCAGCUCCGAGUCGCUGGCGGCUGGGUGCGUGACAAGCUUCUAGGGAAAGACUGCUACGACAUUGAUAUUGCUCUGGAAGACAUGAUGGGCUCUGAAUUUGUUGCCAAGGUCAGGGAUUAUUUGUUAUCUGUUGGGGAAGAGCCACAAGGAAUUGCUGUUAUUCCAAGCAAUCCAGAGCAGUCAAAACAUUUAGAAACAGCAAGGAUGAGGAUAUGUGAUAUGUGGAUUGAUUUUGUAAACUUAAGGUGUGAAGAGUAUAGUGAUGAUAGUCGCAUUCCUAAAACGCAAAAAUUUGGCACAGCGGAAGAAGAUGCAUAUAGAAGGGAUCUAACCAUUAACAGUUUGUUUUACAAUAUUAACACCAGCUCGGUUGAAGAUUACACUAAAAGAGGCCUAGAAGAUCUGAAAUCUGGAAGAAUUGUGACACCUUUACCACCUAAGGCUACUUUUAUGGAUGAUCCACUACGAGUUCUCCGAGCUAUUCGUUUUGGUGCACGAUUUGAAUUCAUUUUAGAUGAAGAACUAAAGGAAGCUGCUGCCGGUGAUGAUGUAAAGGGUGCACUGGCAGCUAAAAUUAGCCGAGAGCGUAUUGGAACUGAAAUUGAUCUCAUGAUUUCUGGAAAGCAACCGGUCAAAGCAAUGGCCUAUAUUUGUGAUUUGAAGUUAUUUUGGGUUGUCUUCAGUCUUCCUCCAAAGUUUGAGCCUGCAGUAUCAGAAGGAUGCGACAGGCUUUGCAUUGGUUACUUGGAUGCUACAUGGAACCUUAUUCAGUUAAUUGGUUGCUCCACGUUCAGUGAUGAAUAUAGAAGGCUCUGUUUGUAUGCCGCAAUGUUCCUUCCACUCAGAAAAACAAUAUAUAAGGAUAAUAAAGCAAAAAAGAUUCCUGUUGUUAACUACAUUUUACGGGAGUCUCUUAAGCGAAAAGCCAGCGAUGCUGAAACAGUUAUAAAUGUUCACAAUGCCAUGGAAAAAUUCUUAUCUUUGAUUCCCUUUCUUGCAUCAAAUGAGAACAUCCAACUAAGCGAAGUUGAGUGGGGAAAAGAAUUUGCUGAUGUCCCUGUAACCUCACAGUUGCGAGUAUUGACAGGUUUCCUGCUACGAGAAAUCAAAGAUUUUUGGCGAGUUGCCUUGCUGGUGUCUACUUUGUUGUAUAAAAUUGAAUGCACUGAAGAUCUUAAAAACAAGAACUUUCACCUUGACGAGCUAAGAGAUACUUUUAAAGCAGUUGAGAGUGCUAUAACUGAACUAGGUCUUGAGAAAAUAUGGGAAGUAAAACCUCUGGUUAACGGGUCGGAAAUUAUUAAGGUUUUGCAGCUUAGAUCUGGAGGACCGGUUGUUAGAGAAUGGCAACAAAAACUGCUUGCUUGGCAACUGGCUAAUCCCUCCGGGACUUCCGAGGAAUGCCUCGAAUGGAUGAAAGAAACUCAUUCUAAACGUGUGAAGAUGGAGUGAUUGUUAUGCCAUCAGCAAUAUCUACUUUUACAGAGAUUUAUUCUUUCUUUCUGCUUAGAAAAGAGCCUUUCUAGUUACAGCUAUUAGGAAUUCAAGCUGCUAAUUCCCAUUAUAGAGUGACAGUCAAUUCUAUUAGUUAUAUCUUUUAUCAUUUUCCAGCUUAGCUGUAAAUUAUGUUGAGCGAAAAAUUUUACAGAAAAGAAAGACAAUGGAUCAUAGAUUUUUGAGUUGAAAUUGGAACUUAAAUAUUUGACAAAAGAGCAACAAUAUUACAUCUUCGCGUA